AACUUUUAGGGGGAAAAAAAUAGUGGCUUUGAUGUUCUGUAUCAUAAUAUGAAACAUGGACAGAUAUCGACAAAAGAACUGGCAGAUUUUGUAAGAGAAAGAGCCACAAUAGAAGAGGCAUAUUCCAGGUCAAUGACAAAACUAGCAAAAUCAGCAAGCAAUUAUUCACAGCUUGGAACUUUUGCACCAAUGUGGGAUGUGUUCAAAACAUCUACAGAGAAAUUAGCAAAUUGCCACCUGGAUCUUGUUAGAAAAUUGCAAGAAUUAAUAAAGGAAGUUCAGAAGUAUGGAGAAGAACAAGUAAAAUCUCAUAAAAAGACGAAAGAAGAAGUUGCUGGAACUCUGGAAGCUGUCCAGACUAUUCAGAGCAUAACUCAGGCCCUCCAGAAAUCCAAGGAAAAUUACAAUGCUAAGUGUGUAGAACAGGAACGUUUGAAAAAGGAAGGAGCUACACAAAGAGAAAUAGAAAAGGCAGCUGUUAAAUCUAAAAAAGCUACAGAUACAUACAAACUCUAUGUGGAAAAAUAUGCAUUAGCAAAAGCUGAUUUUGAACAGAAAAUGACAGAAACAGCUCAGAAAUUUCAAGAUAUUGAAGAAACUCAUCUCAUUCACAUAAAGGAAAUUAUAGAAUCCUUGUCAAAUGCGAUAAAGGAAAUUCAUUUGCAAAUAGGCCAGGUCCAUGAAGAAUUUAUAAAUAACAUGGCUAACACCACAGUUGAAAGUUUGAUACAAAAAUUUGUUGAGUCAAAAGGAACUGGGAAGGAAAGACCUGGCCUUAUUGAAUUUGAAGAAUGUGAUCCUGCUAGUGCAGUUGAAGGUAUAAAACCAAGGAAAAGAAAGACAUUUGCUUUGCCAGGAAUAAUUAAAAAGGAAAAGGAUGCAGAAUCUGUGGAAUGUCCUGAUGCAGAUUCACUUAACAUUCCUGAUGUAGAUGAAGAAGGCUAUAGUAUUAAACCAGAAGCAAAUCAGAAUGAUACCAAAGAGAACCAUUUCUACUCAUCUAGUGACUCUGACUCUGAAGAUGAAGAACCAAAGAAGUACCGGAUUGAAAUCAAACCUAUGCAUCCAAAUAAUUCACAUCACACAAUGGCUUCUUUGGAUGAAUUAAAAGUAUCUAUAGGGAAUAUAACUCUCUCUCCAGCAAUAUCUAGACACAGCCCAGUGCAGAUGAAUCGGAAUUCAUCUAGUGAAGAGUUAACAAAAUCAAAGCCAUCUGCUCCAUCCACUGAAAAAGGGACCAGUGAUUUACUGGCUUGGGACCCUCUGUUUGGACCAUCUCUUGAUUCAUCAUCUUCAACUCCACUAACUUCAUCAUCAUCAGCCAGGCCCACAACUCCUCUUUCUGUAGGCACCAUUGUCCCACCUCCAAGGCCUGCUUCCAGACCAAAGCUUACUUCAGGCAAACUCAGUGGGAUUAAUGAAAUACCCAGGCCAUUCAGUCCACCUAUAACUUCUAACACCAGCCCACCUCCUGCUGCUCCCUUAGCCCGGGCAGAAAGUUCUUCCUCUAUUUCAUCAUCUGCUUCAUUGAGUGCGGCCAAUACUCCAACAGUAGGUGUGUCACGAGGUCCCAGCCCUGUCAGCCUUGGAAAUCAGGACACUUUACCUGUGGCAAUCGCCCUUACAGAAUCUGUUAAUGCCUACUUUAAAGGAGCAGAUCCCACCAAGUGUAUUGUGAAGAUCACUGGUGACAUGACAAUAUCAUUUCCAAGCGGAGUUAUUAAAGUCUUCACUAGCAAUCCAUCUCCAGCUGUGCUGUGCUUCAGGGUGAAAAAUAUCAGCAGACUAGAGCAAAUUCUUCCAAAUGCACAACUUGUGUUCAGUGAUCCAUCACAAUGUGAUUCUAACACAAAAGAUUUUUGGAUGAACAUGCAAGCUGUUACUGUCUACCUCAAGAAGUUAUCAGAGCAAAAUCCAGCUGCUUCUUAUUAUAAUGUAGAUGUAUUAAAGUAUCAGGUAUCAUCAAACGGUAUUCAGUCUACUCCUCUGAAUCUUGCAACAUACUGGAAAUGUACUGUUGGCACCACAGAUCUCAGGGUGGAUUACAAAUACAACCCAGAAGCUAUGGUGGCGCCAAGUGUGCUUUCCAACAUACAGGUGGUGGUACCAGUGGAUGGAGGAGUCACAAACAUGCAGUCCCUUCCCACUGCAAUAUGGAAUGCAGAACAGAUGAAAGCCCUUUGGAAAUUGUCUGGUAUUUCAGAGAAAUCAGAAAAUGGAGGUUCUGGGUCCCUCAGAGCAAAAUUUGAUCUUUCAGAAGGACCCAGUAAACCCACAACACUUGCAGUGCAAUUUCUCAGCGAGGGAAGUACCCUCUCAGGAGUAGAUAUUGAACUUAUAGGCACUGGCUAUAGGCUUUCCUUAGUAAAGAAGCGGUUUGCCACUGGACGAUACCUUGCAGAUUGUUGAUGGACCUGGGAAAGUAGUUGGCUCAAAGAAGUAGUGUGAACCUGCCAUUCUGCAUUAUACGUUCUUUUCAAAUACUAUUCUAACUUGUAUUAUGUCUUUUAAACUUAAGACAUAUUUGAGAACUAACUACACACAUUAAAUUGCACUUUUAAAGUCAGUCAUUCAAAGAAGUACCACUGAGAUGAUUUUCAAUGCUAUAAAUGAUAAACUGCAAUAUUCAGGAAGCACGUUAUUCAGAAUCUCAGCAAAAUGAAGUUUUAAUAGUGAAAUUUACAAUUAUCUUCAUUGUCUAUGUUGAAAACAGAUUAUGGUGGAAACAUCAGAUCUAAAGUUUCAGAAGAACAACCAUAAAAUAAUUUUAGCUUUCCGUAAAUUUUUAGUGUCAGAGAUAGCUUGGAAAUUUCAUAAGUUUGAUAUUAAAUGGAUACAAACAGAACAUGAAAUUUAAGUUUUGGAUAAUGGUUACUCAGAAUACUCAAUCAAAUUGAGUGAUGUGCCAUAAAAUAAUCAAACUAGAGUCCUAGUUGUACGCAAAAAAUUUAAAAUUUGAUUCUCAUAUGAGCAUAUUAAUAAAGUGUAAAUGGUGUUUUAUAUGAUUUUUGUUAAUCCUCAAGUGCAAUGUGUUUUAAAAUAAGCUUGCAAAAGACAGCAGAGAUACUUACUUCUGCAGUUAGUUAACUUUAUUAGAAGUUGUGAUUGUUUUGAUGAAUUAAUGCUAUAGAUUUAAUUUAUUUUUAUAUGGAUUGCAUAAUGUGUGCCUUUUAAAACAAUAACAAAAACCAGAAAUGUGCCUAUCCAAGUUUGUGUUUGUUAAUGUAUCUUACUUAUUUUCUCACAGGCUGAAUUUUCUAUUGAGAAUCUUAGAGUGGUCAAGCAGCUUUAUAAGAUAUUUACAAUCUUAGUAAAUAUUUGUAGCUGCCUUUGGGAAGGGAUUUCAGAAUAACUAAAAGAUAAUUUAUACUUAAGAGAUUUCUGGCUCAUUUCCUUAGUAAUACACUGUAGCCACUAGAAAGGAAACUAUACCUAAUGGCAUAUAUUUAUAGGGAAAAGAAAUUAACUUCAAAUAUUUGAUCUUAACUUUAUCAAAAGUAUGAAUUUUUAGACAUAAACUCUGAAACACUAUAAUGGUAAAAUGGCAAUUGGAAUUUUUACUCUCAAUUUAGCAUUUUCUUAAUUACUCCAUUUAUCAUUGAAAAUGUACCCAUUUAUUCACUGAUUAUAUUGUGAGCAUGAAUUUUGUAGUAUUUUUGUGAGGAAUAGCAUUUUGGAUAAGAUGAAUUUUGACAACAGAAGGAGAAAUACUGCCAUUUGUUUUGUUUUCGACAACUGGAAAAGUAAUCAGUCUGUACAUUAUUUCAUCAUCACCUGUUAAAAAUAGAGAAUGUAUAUGAAGUGAUAUUUUGGGGUUAUCAUUUUUUAAGCUACUAAUGUUAAAUAGAAAUCUAACUUUAUAACAAAUCCUAAUUGCAGAAAUGAAAUAUUUUGGACAAAUUUUCAUGCUUUACAAGUGGGAAUUUAUUUAUAAUGAUAAAUGCCAGUGUCUUUCACUUUGCAUAGAAGUAGUAAGUUGUGUUUAGAUGAUAAUUUAUAUAAAACCACUAAUUGUUCUGUUAAGCUUACAGAAGAAAAAAAAAAAACCCUUUCACUAAAUAUUUCUUUAAAAUUGUGCUAUAUUAAAUACAGCAGAAAAUCUACUUUAGCAAUAUAUAACACACUAUGUGCUUUUAUGUAUAUUCAGUGUUAACCCAAUUCUAAAUUUAGAUUUGACUGAAACAACACAUGACAAUUUGCUAACAUGUUAAUCUUUACUAAGUAGUGAGCAAAACUAGAAUUUCUAACUCUUAUAUUGUGCUUUUUAAUACCAAUUACGGUCGUUUAUAGGAAACGUAACUGUAAUCCGCUUUGCAAUCAAACUGCUUUUAUUGAGCAGUUAAUAUUUUGUUAUUGAAAUCCAGACAUUAUUAUACUCACUGUUUUUGUUUUAAAUCAAGUAUUACCUUCAGAUGUACAAAUUAGUGAAAUGGCUGAACUUCUGCACUUUCUUAUUACCAUGGUCUUCAUGCCAGAUGUUGAUAUAUAUAAAUUUCUACUCAGUGCAGGUUACAAUUUUGAAGCCAUAUACGUUUAUAUUGACUUUUUUUUUUUUUUCUUUUUUAAAAAAAUCCACUAAUGGUGUAAAACAGACCAGUAGAUUUUCAAUGGGGAAUGUAUUAGCAAGCUGGUUCUUGCUUAUGUAUAGUUACAAACUUGUAGCUUCUCUUUAACCAAGAAUUUGUAAACACAGAACUCUAACAAAUGUGCAUUUUGAGGGUUGUUAUUUACUACUUUGGGUUGUAAUUAGAACAGUGCAAAUCUAUCUUAAAAUUUUGUACAUAUUUUUGAUUUUUUUCAUAAAAUGUAAAUUUUACAUAAAAGUUGCACCCUUAAUAAACAUGUAAUAUAUAAUUUA